UUUCUGCUCGAACAUAAUUUCAGGUUUUUAGUGUUGCAGCCAGUUUUCAUCCAUUUUCUUUUUCCAUCAAAAUAACAAGACGAAUUCUCGAAUUGAUUGAAUUGGAUUGAACACAAUAAUGAACGUAAAAAUGAACCGAAUUAUUGUGGAAUUAGUGCAUUGAGCGGUGAUCGUAUUCGAGGGAGUGAAGUGAAUUGGUUUAUUGUGGAAAUUUGAACGCAAAAAAUUACCUUGAAAAAGAAAUGGUUGAAUGAACGACGUCGGAAGUAAAAAGUGUAUAAUGAUUUUUUUUUGUAAACAUGGCUGACAGUCUUGCCUAAAUAUUGUUUAAUGGACUAAUGUGUACACAGAGAAAUUUCGGUGGUCAGUGAAAUAAUUAGCAGUUUGUCAAUAAGGAAAUAGAAGACGUAUAUCAAAGAAAACAUGAAUGCAGGUCACCAAAUGUCAACAUGCAUUUUGAACAACACCAGCAGAUGGACUGAAUUUAGCUGCUCCGAUUAAAAAUAAUCCAUUUGUUUCCAGGUUCGCCUGUAAAGUAAUGAGCGCAGGCCUAUGGAGUUGCUGCGGAUUAUAUUGGUGCGAUAGCAAAGCGGGGCUACGUAUGACUGAAAGUACAAUGGGGGCGACAGCGUCAACUGAUUGUCCUGGAGGCUCUGCAACAGCCACCCCGUCUUCAUCUGGUAUAUUCAUACGUGAGCAAAGACGGAAAAAAGUGACCGGAUUUGCAACAUUGCGAAAGAAAUUCAUUAGACGACGACGGUCAUCGAAAGCCUGUGACCAUGGACGAGUGUUAAGAGAUUUUGUGUCGGAUUGGAGUCCAAUUGAAUUGGCCUCACUGUUGGAGGAAUAUGAAGCGUUAGCAGCACUAAAGGAUUUAUCGGUUCAAGCUGAAUUGGCUCGACCGCCUGCCACAACAUUUAAACAAGAUUUAUCAGCACUGUAUGAUUUCAAGCACUGUACCGACUGUGAUUUAGUUUUUCGUGGGACAGUUUUUCCCGUUCAUCGUGCUCUGUUGUCAGCGCGUUGUCCAUACUUUCGUGACCUUUUAGCUGGAUGUCCAGGGUUUGGUGCACGCAUUUGUUUGGAAUUGCGCUCAUCGCCAGUUGAUGUUCCACUAUUCUCAUCAUUACUUCGUUAUUUAUACACGGGAGAUUUAUGUCCGCACGAUCCAACCAUCGAUGUGAAUCUCUUGCGUCGUUUGGGUGAAGAUUUCGGUACACCAAAUCCACUGGAACAUGAUCUACGAUACCUACUCGAAACGGGAGACUAUGCAGACGCAGCGCUUGUGUUUACAUCCGAGGGAUCGGAUUACCAUCGUCCCGAUUCCAUAUCAUCUGAGUACGGGUUUCGGCCGAAAUUGGAAUUGCCUUGCCAUAAAGCGAUAUUAAGCGCUCGUUCACCCUUCUUCCGCAAUCUUAUACAACGUCGCACCAGAAAUGGUGACGAACAUACGGAACGUGCACUGCAUGUUCCCACCAGGAUAGUUCUCGAUGAAAGUGUGAUACCGAAACGAUAUGCACGAGUGCUACUUCAUGCUAUAUACUUGGACACAGUUGAUUUGACAUUAAUUUUGCGUGGAAAUGGUUGUGGAAAUAGUGCUGGUAGUCUUGGUGAAGUUCAAAUAUUAACGCACACCGGUCGAACGAGACCGACUCCUUUGGAGGAAGCAAUGGAAUUGUAUCAAAUUGGACGAUUUUUGGAAUUAGACAUUCUUGCACAAGGCUGUGAAGACUUGAUUUUAGAGUGGUUAUCAUUGGAAACAUUACCUCAAGUGCUUAAAUGGGGUAAUCAACCUCACGGCUCGGCCUGGGUACAUCGUCAGUCAUGCCAUUAUUUACGUGAAGAAUUUUCGGCUAUUGUUGCAUCGCCAGUUCUGCAUCAAUUGGACAAAACGCAACUUAUCAACGCGUUGCAAAGUAAUUUUCUACAAGCAUCCGAACUGGAAGUACUUCAAGCCGUUCUAAAGUGGGGUGAGAAUGAAUUAAUUCGUCGUAUGGAAGAUCGUGAACCGAAUCUACUAAGUCACACAGCUCACUCGGUAACCCGAAAAGGAAUCAAAAAGCGGGAUUUAAGUGACAUUGAACUACGCGAAAUUCUAUCCGAAUUACUACCUCUGGUCCGUAUGGAUCACGUGCUGCCACCAAAUAGUGAAAUUUUAAAUCAAGCAAUACGUCGGGGACUUGUCAGCACGCCUCCAUCGCACAUGAUUGGGGACGAACGGGAAAAUUUACGCAUCAAUGCAUGGGUUCGAUGUGGAAAAAAUCAUGGGCUAUUUGUGCGACCUCGUCUAUUUAUGCCUUACUAUGAAGAGAUUAAGUCAUUACUAGAAGAUCGAAUAGCUUCACAACAAAUGGAUAUUUUAAGGAUGCGAAGAAGUCGACAUAUGCCGGACAUUCCAGACACAUUGUACAUGGUUUCAAGAUUGGGUACAACUGGCAGCGGUAAUGGUGGCGGCGGGUCAGUUGGAUUAGAUAUAGUUGCAGCCGCUUUACCGACACCGGAUCCAAGUACCAUGGUAGCAUUGACCAAACGUGAGCAAAAAUUGCGAUCGUCACCAAUUUGCCAAAGAGCAUCGUCUCUGCCUCUAUCGUCUAGACCCGAAAUUUAUCGACAAAUUAGACUGCGUGUUGUUCGUGAAUUUAAUCUUCCAGAUGCAGUUGCUGAUUUAUUGGAGAAUGCUUCAUGCUAUUGCGUCGAUGAUACCACCAAUACGGGCCAGUCAGCUGGAUCGGUUUCAUCCCAUGGUCACGAUGAUGACAUUGAUGUUGUACAAGCGAUGGAUGAAACGUCGCCACCGCCAUCGCCAGCACUGCCUUCUGAUUCGAGUACACACAAUAUGGCCUGUUACGGUAGAAAUUUGACAUUCCCGCGUCAGCAACCAUUGCCUUUAUACGGUCAUGGACGUCGACAUGAAUUGCCCGCUCUCAUAACGGAACGAGAUGGCGUUUUUCGCUUGCCCGGCGAGAAUCCAGAAUCCAGUUCGUGUUCUGAUGGUCAUUUGUCAGAUAUCAUGCCAGAUGUAGCAAUGGCAACUGCAUCCUUAGGCCAAUUACAAUUAGGCGAUCCUCCCGAAAGUCUUCAAUUGGAUUUAGGAGACGGUCCUAGUCACAUGAUGGGUGGUGCUUCCGGUAUUGGUGUACUUGGAAUUCAGCAUCAUCAUCACCAUUACAUGCGUAGGCCAGUCUCUCCGUCACCGUAUGUAUUACAAAGUAGGCAAAGUCCGGCUCCACCUAGUUCAUAUCAUUCGGGGCCACCAAGAUUUUUAUAGAGACUGCGUGUGGCUCCCGAUGAGGGCCUAUACUUUAGUAUGCCUUUUUGAACCACAGCAAAAAUAAAAAGAAAAAAAAUGAAAAAAGUAAAAAAAAAACAAAAAAACAAACAAAAAAGUAAAAAAAUAAAUAAAAAAAUGAGGGAAUGUACUGUUACCCUGUUACAGUUCAUAUAAUUUAUAAAAAAAAAUCCAAAUUACAAUUUGGAUAACUUAUCAUCGAUUGGUAACAGUGGUAACAGUACAUUCACUAAAAAAAUGAAGAAAACAAAACAAAAAUCAAAAAAAAAAAGUUGGAGAAGGAAAAGAAUAUUAGAAAAUAAAAAUGUAAAGUUUCAGUGUUAUCGAACGGAAAAGUAAUAUGAACGAAAAACUUUUUAUUUUUAAAGUGAUGAACGAGUUUAAUGACAGAAAUUCGUAUUUUUCGUUUUUUUUUAUUGUUUUAUUUAAAGU